AUGCCUCCUAAGAAGAAGGCCCGCGUUGCACGUAGUGCCUUGGAGGAGCCACUUCCUUUGGUCCAGUCCCAUUUGGACCAAUGGCUUCAGACCGUCUAUAGCAAGCGGCACGCUAAGCCUGAUGAUGGAGAUGACAUGGAUUGGCCUGUGCUUCAUGGAGGGACAUUCAUGGAGAUUGCAGCUCGAGCUUGGGAAUCUCCAGAGAGGCUGGUGACAGCUGCCUUCAAGGUUUGCAGAAAGGCAGGGUUGGUCCCAGAUCAUAGCAGCCUGGAAGACUGGCAAGGCCAGUUUUGCCGCCUGGAGGACUGGCCGCCUACACCUGGAAAGAUUUCUCCUACAAGCAUCUUGAACUGGUCGAUGCACCCAGCGUCCUUCUGGCGAGGCUUUGUUCCUAUGUCUGAAGUGCUGGGCAUCGCUCGAUCUAUCGCGGUGAGUCGCUUCCGGGAGGGAGAGAUGCUGAGCAUUCGGAUGAAUCCAGACAUUGAUGCGAGCGACGAGCAGUUCAAGCAGCACCAGGUGAACUUGCUUUUCUUCGACGAUGGCUCUCAGAAGGGUUUGGCGGCGUUCCUCAACUUGGUGGGCCUUGCGAGCCUUGAGCCGAAGCUGGCCCCGGAGGAGUUCCAAGACUCCAAGGUGCAAGCUCUUUUGGUGAGCCUCCUGCAAAUCCCGAGCAUCAUGAAGCAGGAGGCCAACAGCGCACUGGACAGCCAGAUCUUGCGCAUCAUCAAGCAGAACCAGGACGCGCAGGCGCAACCAGUGUCUUCCUUUGGUUGGGCUUUAUUGCUGAGGAGCAUGACUGGCUUGAGCGAGGAGGUGGGUUUCGAUGAAGCCCUCCGGAUCUACAAUGGACACCCGAGUGUCCAGCAGAUGACCGACAAGGACUCAGCCGGUGGUGGGUCGAUCAAAAUCGACAACAGAAAAGCUGCGGCCAUCAAGUCUUGGAUGGAACGGUGCUCCCCAGCAGUUCUUAGCUUGGUGGAGGUCUCCCAGCAUGACAUCCCAUUCAACGCUGGGCCCUUUGGUGAAAGCCUGGCCAUGGUGCCGUGGCUUUUCCUCGACAGCACAUCGCCUGUUGCUCUUUCAGCAAAUGCAGGGUCUGGGCUUGCGGCUCUGGAUGGGGAAGCCGUGGUCAGUGUGGACUGGCUUUUGACAAUGACCCCUGAAGCGCAGAUCAUUCUUUUUGAAAGGAUCCAGUCAGACUUCAAUAGCGCGACUGCUUUAGUCGAAGUGCGCGCGAAGAAGAAGUACAGAGCAGCGCCAGCAGAUCUUGUGGACAUCCGCAACACUAUUGUCCUGUGGACCCAAGUCAGGGGGCUAUGCGAGCACUCCAUGGAUGCCAACGACUUUCAGCAAAAGCUUGCCUCAGGCAAUCUAGUGGACGACCAGAUAGCAGAAAUCCUUGUGCAGCGGCCGAAUAGCUUUGCUGUCAGCAUGUUGCCCAGCCAACGGGCUCAGAUGCAAAAGGCUGCUGAAGCCAAAGAACAAGCAGUUUGCUCCGAGGUCGAAACGCAGCGUGUAGAGUUGCGAAAUGCCAGGUUUCAAUUCCUGAAGGCUGCUUUGCUGCGGGAUCAGGUUCAACUACAGAGGCUUGAAGCAGUUCCGACAAAGCUGGCCGCUUUGCAGCGCAGAGUAGAGGCAAAAUGGAGAGAGGAGGAAGCCUACAAGGGCGAGAGAGCUGUCCAGCAGUAUUGCAACAAGUAUUUGAGAGUGGAGCGCGUGGACAAAAUUGAAUUCAUUGUGGGUCCGUUCAGGGACUUUGUGACCUUUGUUGUCCUCUGGCGUGGUUUAUUUUGUAAUAUUUUGUCUGGUGGACGCGGGACCCAAUUUUAUGUGUUGUGCCAAGUGUCGGUUUCUUUGGAGCCAGCGUUGUUCUCGAUUUAUAUGGCCUCGCAGGCCAAGCUCCACAACGUGCCUCUCGAUCGCGUCCAUAUCGUGGCGUAUUGCGACUUCAACGUGCCCAAUGCUGCCAGCCGGACCAGAACCCAGGAUUUGGCCAAGGCGAUGCACAUGGUGCUGCAGCACAAUGCGUCGAGGAAUGUUGGACUCGCUGAUUUUCCAGACGCGGCGAAAGCUUCAUCGAAGCGAGGUCUGGCAGAUGAGGAAGCGGAUAUCCAGACGGCGUUUUGGAGCAUGAAGCUGAAUCUGGACAACAGAUUCGUGCUGCCGUUUGAUCUGCAUCCAUCUGGAGAAAGUCUGGCCAAAAGGAGGACCGGGGUCGGUCUAUCGAGUUUUGAUUUUGCUUUCACUAGCAUUGCAUGUCUCAGUGUGAUGAUAUGCGAUGACUUUUCUCUUGAGAGGCGCUGGUCGAUGGGCCGAUUGGUAGUCCCCAAUGAGCUAGUGGACGACAACGUGUUUUUGAAUUGCUCUGAACUCAGUACAGCUGGGAGGCCCAUGUAUGCCGACAAGGUAUUGCUUCCUCGGCAAAGGGAUCUGGUGCUUCCAGAGUCCACUGACGCUAGCAGUGACUUGCGGCUCGCAGAGCGGGCUCGCCCAUCGCCAGAGCAGUUGCGGGCGCAGAAGGGACGAAGCAGAGUCACCGCCAUGCUGCGCAGUUUGCUCACGAUGUCUGAGUACACGUUCGACGGCCCUGUCGUGCUGGUGAAUUUCACGGGGUACGUAGAAGAUGUGGGGCUAUCAGUGUUGGAUAUGAAGACGACCUGUGUAGAUUCAAUGCCUGCUGGCUUCGAUGUCAAGAACAAGCUCCACUAUCUUUCCCUUCAUUUUUUGGAGAGCUCGGACUUUGGCCAGAUGAGGCUGUUUCGGGAGGUCACUGAGCUGUGGAUGGACGGAAAGCUCAAGAUCCCUGGCUUUGAGUUUUGUAGUGAGCCUCCUUCGGUCCCGCCUGACGAGCUGGCAAAGGUUCCUGGCGCAGACAUUGUGACAGGUGGCUUUGACAAGCUCACCUUGGAAGUGCUGGUCCGUGAUGGAAGCAGGGUCGUCUUGAAACCAGACGAAGUGAAAUUCUGGCGCAGUAUCCCAGAUGCUUUUGGACAGGAGUUCGAGACUUUGCUCAAGAACCACGAGUCUCGGUAUGCCUCAUGCCUGACAACUAUUAUGAAGCCCGGCGGAUCUUUCAAUCAAGCAGAGGCCCCUGAUCAGGAAGAGCCACAGGGUGCGCCGGAGCGCAAAGAUGUUGUCCCCGCGGCAAAGGAGUGGGAGAGCCGCGAGAUCUUAGAAAAGGAGGACCCCAUCGAAGACCACGUGGUUUCGGAACUUGCCAAUGUGCAUUUGCUGCGUGGCAAAUCUGGUGGGAUCUACUUGCUCUUUGAACCCAAAGAAGAACAAAAGGAGAAGAUCGUGCCGAAGAAGACUCAACUUGGUGGGUUUGGCACCGGAAGCUACGCGAAAGUGGAAGAUCCUCAGCCGGGGGUUUUGUUUGAGAUGGGCAAAGGUGACGCCACUUGGGUGCAAUUUGACGAAAGCUCUCUCAAAGCUGAUUCAACAAACAUCGAGACAUGGUCGCUGUACAAGAUGAUCGUGCAAAUUGAAAAGCAAAAGCGGCUCGCCAGAGUGCCUGUGUCCUUCCUGAAGGUCACGCGCAAGUCAGACGACAAGAGCCUUGACGGCUUUGAGGUGCAGGUGGCGCAGAAGAUGAAGUAUCAGCCACACGAGGCAAAAAACGCCAAGAACUCGUGCAAGAGCUUCUUCCGUGGAAGCUGUGACCAAGUGGCUCAGAGUGAGAUCAUCCAAUCGGUCUUCCGAUUUCGCUAUGAGCAGGUGGGGACCAAUUGCAAGGUGCAAAAGCCAUAUGUGGUCACGAGUGUACCGUUGAAGCUGGUGGCUGGACACCCAAUGAAGGCACGGUCGUUGUGUUUUCCAUGUAGUAGGCUGAACCUUGGCAAGUUACUUUUUCGAUUUUCUAGCUUUGGAGGUAGCCGGAUGAAAACAGCUCGAGUCACAAGUGAGUGCUGA